UGGUCCGUAAUCAGUCACGUGGUACGCGCCUUCAAACGUCACAUCCUGCUCCAUGRACAAAAGCUGCAAUACACGCUUCCUAAAAUUCCUCCUGGUUUACUCCACACUCGCCCCGAAGCCUCGGCACAGAAAGCACAUCGCUAGUUUUGGGUAAAUAUGUGAAUAUUUGCUGUGAAGUGUCUUCAGUUCCGCCUCAGAGGAAGAAAUCAGCGUCAAGAUGGAGAAAAAGAUGGAGGAUCAGCGCAGACUGCUGGAUUUUACUCGGACACCGAAGAUCAUCUUACACCGGAUAGAUCUCUGUCAAUGCUGCGUGUGUAAAGAAGACGGGGUUCUCAAUGAGUUCAGCAACCAGGAGGGGAACUCCACUUUAAAACGAGAGGAACCAGAACCUCUGCAGAUAAAACGGGAACCAGAACCUCUACAGAUAAAACGGGAGCAAGAAGAACCAGAACAUCAACAGUUCAAAGAGGAAGAGAAGCAACUCUGCAUCAGUCAGGAUGAAGAGCAGCUUGUGGUGAAACUGGAGACUGAUGACAUUUUGGUGAAUACUUCUAAUGUGCAAAUAAUCCACAAUGAAACAGAACCACAGAGGAACCAUAUCAUCCCUCAUGGUUCUUCUGAAGGUGAGAACCAGGAAAAGGAAGGAAGCAAUUCUGAGGACUCAGGAAAAAUAAGAAAUGACAACCAGAAACGAAAUGAAAUAUGCCAGAAAACUAAACAGCCAAAACUUAAAACUGAGAGUUCAGAACAAAAAACACACAAGAAAGCUCACCCAGACCAAAAGCUAUAUUCUUAUAAAAUUUGUGAUGAAUCCUUUAAUAAGGAAAAUUUAAUGACAACACACAUGAGAACUCACACGAGCAAAAAGUCCUUCACAUGUUCAACUUGUGGAAGAAGUUAUGGCCACAGGGCUGGAUUAAUUUAUCAUAUGAAAGUUCACUCAGGUGAGAAACCUUUCUCAUGUGUGACCUGUGGAAAAAGUUUCACAAUCAAAUCUAGUUUAGUUGUUCACAUGAAGAUUCACUUAGAUGAAAAACCUUUCUCAUGUACGCGCUGUGAAAAAACGUUUACCAGUAAAGUAAAUUUAACUGAUCACAUGAGGAUCCACACAGGUCAGAAGCCAUUCUUAUGUGGGACCUGUGGAAAAGGUUUCUAUCGAAAAUCGAUUCUAACUGGUCACAUGAGAAUUCAUACAGGUGAGAUGCCAUUCAAAUGUGCAAGAUGUGGGAAAAGUUUCAGAACUAGAAGUUGUUYAUAUCGUCACAUGAUGACACAUACAAAUGCAAAGCCUUACUCUUGUGCAACCUGUGGAAAAAGGUUCAGUCAAAAAGGCACUUUAACUCGUCACAUGAAGACUCACACAGAUGAAAGGCCUUUCUCAUGUGGAACCUGUGGAAAAAGUUACAAAAUCAAAAAUGAUUUAAUUGGUCACAUAAAGACACAUACUAGUGAGAACUUUUUCUUUUGUGAAAACUGUGGAAAAAUGUUCAGUCAGAAAAACCAUUUAACUUCUCACAUGUGGACUCAUACAAAUGAGAAGCCUUUCUCUUGUGGGACCUGUGGAAAAGGUUUCCGUGAGAAAAGGUAUUUAAAUUAUCAUAUGAGAACUCAUACUGGUGAAAAGCCUUUCUCUUGUGGGACUUGUGGAAAAAGUUUCCAUCAAAAAAAAAAUGUAACUUCUCACAUGAGAACUCAUAGAGAUGAGAAGGCUUUUUCUUGUGCGUUUUGUGGAAAAAGUUGUGGUUAUCAAAGCAAUUUAUCUAGUCACAUGAGGAUUCAUACAGAUGAGAAGCCUUUCUCUUGUGAGACUUGUGGCAAAAGUUUCCGCUAUAAAAACAGUUUAACUCGUCACCUGAGGACUCAUACUGGUGAGAAACCGUUUUUAUGUGGGACCUGUGGAAAAAGUUUCAGUUAUCGGAGCAAUUUAACUACACACAUGAGAAUUCAUACAGAUGAGAGGCCUUUCUCAUGCAAGACUUGUGGAAAGGGUUUCCGUCUAAAUAGCCACUUAACUGUUCACUUGAAAACUCAUGUCGGUCAAACGGCAAAAUCUGACCCUCAGGCACCAAGACACUCAGUAACUUAGUGUUUGGAAGCAGAGUAAUUACAGCUGGGUAACAUUUUUAUAAUGUAGCAGCUUGGACAAGAAAAGAGUUUAAAACAGGACGUUUAUCAAAAAUACUAAACUUUCACUUUUUUCUGUCAAUUUUAUCUUCCAUUUAAAAUGUUUUUUAAGUGAGAUAUUAAGAGCUUACGAAGUUGUGCAUUCAUUCUUAAUGUUUUUUUUCUUAUAUCCUGAAAUAUUAAUAGUCUGUUUAUCUCUGGAAGUAACAAUGGAUUUGAAUGUCUUAUGAUUUAGACUUGUAAAGCUGUUAUUGUGUGUCUAUUCCUUGUACUUGUACUUUGUUUUAUUUCAUUCAUUUAGCUCGGAGGAUACAUGUUGGCUGUUACUAUAGGAACUGUUGGCGUAGGUAUAUGUUAGGGCUGAAAUAAUUCCUCGAAUGAUUCAAGUACCUGAUUAUUAAAGUUCAUCAAGGAAAAUU